CAGUGUCCAAACUGGGAAAUAAUGGAGAGCGUAAGGUUUGAUGAAACACACAGAGAACUGGAGGAGGCCCGGGAGAAACUGAGACACCUUAAAGAACGGGAAAAGCAGCUUUUGGGACAAAUCAAAGGAAAAAGAGAAAAAGCGGAAAAGAUGGAAAAUGCACUGCAGAUCCGCUGGGAGAAACACCUGCUUUCAGAGAACAUGGAAAUGAAAAAAGAGAUAAAAAAGAAGAACAAAGAGCUGGAAAUGCUGAGAAUGAUCACAGUGGAGAAGAGAGAGGAAGAACAGAGGAGAAAGGAAGAGGAGAAAAGAGAAGAAGAGCAGAGGAGAGAGGAAGAAACAGAGAACUUUGGGUCUGAUGAAAUACACCGAGAACUGGAGGAGGCCCGAGAGAAAGUGAGACACCUGAAAGAACGAGAAAAGCAGCUUUUGGGACAAAUCACAGCACAGACGGAAAAAGUUCAAAAGAUGGAAAACGCAUUGCAGAUCCAGUGGGAGAAACGCCUGAUUUCACAGAUUGUGAAAAUGGAAAAAGAGAUUAAAAAGAAGAACAAGGAGCUGGAAACACUGAGAAAGAGCACAGUGGAGAAGAGAAAGGAAGAACAG